ACCGAUGCUCUCAUUCAGACCACUAUCAGAGAAAAGUUCACUAAUUGUACGGUCAUUACGAUUGCCCACAGACUCCACACUAUCAUCGACUCCGAUAAAGUCAUGGUGUUAGACGCGGGAGAAGUGAUUGAAUACGAAAUGCCAUACAUUUUGUUGCAAUCAAACGACGGUUUAUUCACGAAAUUAGUGAAACAAACGGGAAAACACAUGACUAUUAAAUUGAAACAAAUGGCGAAACAAUACUAUUCUUAUAAAAUGAAUGUAAAUCUCGAAGAAGAGGAACGGGAGGGGGAGGAAGAGGAGGACAACGAGAUAACUGAACCUAAAUUA